UGUUGUUCAUGUUUAUAUCAGAAGUUGUGUUGUUCAUGUUUAUAUCAGAAGUUGUGUUGUUCAUGUUUAUAUCAGAAUUUGUGUACUCUCAGGUUCCUCUGUAACUCUUGUGAUUGACAGGUCAGGAGGUGAAGAACUUCUGUACUCCAACAUCAGAUGCUAAGUGUGAGAUCCUGGAUGGAAUCUUCUGUAGUGAGUCAGCAGAUAAAGACACAUUCUCAGAGGCCACAUUGUCAUGCCAACCCCACAGGAUCCAGUGACGUCAGUGGGGGUGGCAAGUGGAAUCCGGUGACAGCACUUGGACGUUACAAGCUGCAGCGAGACAGGAGUAACGGGACUAUGGAUAAAUGAAUGCAUUCAAAUCCGACCAAUAAGAAGUGAGAAAUAUCCAUGAGUCUCCUCCUGGGUGUUAAUGCUGAGGCCGAAGGAUUGUGAUUCGACCACUCGACGGGUACUUGAAAUGUUUCGACGCUCUCAAUUAAAGUAAGAUUUGUCUGAACUUCAAGAAAAGUCUGUAGCUGCAAGUCAAUGAUGAUACAGCAGCCAAAGUAUAGCCUGUGUGGCCAAUUUAUUUAGAAUGUACAAGACAGGAUAAAACAAAAAAACGUAUUUGGCCAUGAAUGAAAAAGACUUGCACUGACACACAGAAGAAAUAUCUGCAAAAAAUCAAAUAGUCAUACAAACUGGACCACCAUGUUCUUACAAAUCCUGUUCCUAAUAUGUUCAGUUUGUAAUACUCAUGGUGUUGCUAGUACUGCAUCACCAUCGUGUACCAGUGAUGAAUACAGAGCGGGACAGCUCUGCUGCCUUGCAUGUCCUGGUGGAUAUAGGGUUCGUAGGGAUUGUACAGCAACAACCAAUUCAUUGUGCUCAAAGUGCCCCGAUGAUACUUUCAAAGAAGGCCUUAGCGGACAGAAGCAGUGCUCUGCCUGUACAGUGUGUGUCACAGGUCAGGAGGUGAAGAAGAGGUGUACUCCAACAUCAGAUGCUGAGUGCGAGACCCGGGAUGGAUUCUUCUGUAUUGUCUCAGCAGAUAAAGACACGUUCUCAAAGGCCACGUUGUCAUGCCAACCCCACACGAUAUGUGAUUCUGGGGUGCAGAUAAAACCAGGAACUGAUUCAACUGAUUCUACAUGUUUUCAAUAUGUAGCAAUUGUGUUGAUAAUAAUAGGAUGCCUAUGUUUCAUAUCAGUCCUGGGAGUAUUGGUUUGUAGAAGACAUUUGCAGAAGGUGAGAGAAGUAAGCAGAAACUGCCUAGACGUCUCUACUUCUGCUGCAUGGAACAUUGGGUACUACGGAGACAUCAUGAAGGUAGAAACAUCCGGAGCGUCGAGCCUAACCGCGCAGCAGGAUAGACUGAACUACAACGGUGUACAAGCAUCGCAUACACUGGCUCAAACCGAUGCUGAGAGAAUGGAAAGAUAUAGGUCCAUCAUUAACAAUGUGGCGAAAAAGCAUCAUGUUGACCCAGCUGUCAUCGCUGCCAUCAUCUCUAGAGCGUCCCGUGCCGGGAACGUCAUCUUCAACACUGAACCACCUGGUUGGGGGUACGAUCAUAAGUCCUUUGGACUGAUGCAGGUUAAUGUGGAUCCAGAGGGUGGUAACCACAAAAAAAUAGGAGCCUGGGACAGUGAGGCGCACCUGGAGCAAUGCACUAAGAUCCUGGUUGAUUUCAUUCAAAACAUCCAGUUCAAUCGUCCCAGAUGGACCAAAGAACAGCAGCUAAAGGGAGGUAUCGGGGCCUACUACGAAGGAGUCGAAGGUGUUAUUAGCAAUGAGCCUGAGGACGAGCCUACCGAAGGAAAUGAAUACUCCAAUGAUGUCGUUGCCAGAGCCCAGUGGUACAAAGAACGUGGAUUUUAGAGAAAUCCCUCAUGUUUUGAUUAAAUAUGAUUGUUUACGCAUAAGAGUAAAUGUAAUUGACGACCUAUAUGCGGGUCAGAAAUCUACUCUGCCAACUUUGAUUCACUCCUUAUCUUCCCAAAGUGGUUAUAGUAAUUAUUUUCUUGGUGUACUUUGUAUGUUAUCUCCUCCGUAAUAAUUUGUGGCAAGAUGGCUUUCCUAAAAUAUGAAAAGAAAAUCAGAAAUGCAUUAACAUAUAAUAUAUAUCAUAUAUAAUUGAUUUAUACAUAUGACCACUUCAACUGCCAUUUUGAAAGAAAUACCAACAAAUUAAUAUCAUUCAAAUCAUAUCUGUUCCCAGCAUUUUCAAUACAAAUGUAGUUUUCCAGAUGUGCUUCCUUACUACGCGACAAGUUCAAAAACGUGGUGGUGGUGGUGAUUACUGGGUGGGGGGAGGACUUCCUCACCUGUUUACCACACUCUUACCACUUUCUGUUUCAUUAGAAGAAUUAUGACCAGAGCUAUGGGAUUAGAAUCCUGUCAUAAUUCAAACCUGAAAAAAAUUGUUUCAAAGGCCUGUAAAUCUGUUUUUGAAAACUCGACACCUUGUAAUAAGGUUUUGCAUCAUUGAAAAACGAGAUUAUAGCCUGAAAAAAAGUUUCAAACAUCUGAAAACAUGA